GUACUUGGAGGAACAUCAAGGGGCAGGAAGGAGUGGAAAUACCCACUGUAACCCUGUCAUAGAGGGCUUACUGUUUGUUCCCCAUUUUCUUUUCUACAGAGGAGUGUGCAAGGAUCCCAAAUAUGAUUAUGUUUUUUAGCUCCCUGGUGACCACCUUCUGGGCAGCACUCCAUCUCAGGACUCUGGUACUGGCUGCUGUUACCUUCCUGUUCCUGAUUAAUAUCCUCAGAAGCCGUCACCCCAAAAACUACCCACCAGGGCCAUGGCGUCUGCCCUUGGUGGGCAACUUCUUUCAAAUAGACUUUAAGCAAACCCACUUGGUGCUUCAGCAGUUUGUGAAGAAAUAUGGGAAUGUAUUUAGUCUGGACUUGGGCCGAUCACCAGUGGUGGUUGUAUCAGGACUGCCUUUAAUCAAAGAAAUGUUUACCCACCUGGACCAAAAUUUUGUGAAUCGCGUUAUGAGUCCUAUUAGAGAACGAACCACAGGCAAAAAUGGAUUAUUCGUAUCUAAUGGCCAGACAUGGAAGGAGCAAAGGAGGUUUGCCCUGAUGGCACUGAAGAACUUUGGAUUGGGAAAGAAGAGCUUAGAGCAGUGCAUUCAGGAGGAGGCCCAUCACCUUGUGGAAGUCAUAGGAGAGGAGGAAGGACAGCCUUUUAAUCCUCAUUUGAAGCUCAACAAUGCCGUUUCCAAUAUUAUUUGCACUGUCACCUUUGGGGAGCGCUUUGAGUAUGAGGACUGCCUGUUUCAGGAGCUGCUGAAGUUACUGGAUGAGGCCAUGCAUUUGCAGGGGUCAACAGCAGGCCAGCUCUACAAUGGCUUUCCACAUAUAAUGAAAUAUCUUCCUGGACCACAUCAGAAAAUAUUCAGAAAUUGGGGAAAACUGAAAUUGUUUGUUUCUAAUAUUGUCAAGAAACACCAGAAAGAUUGGAACCCAGAUGAGCCAAGAGACUUCAUUGAUGCUUUCCUAAUAGAAAUGCAAAAGGACCCACAUAGGACUACAAGUUUCAAUGAAGAAAACCUCAUCUGCAGCACUCUGGACCUCUUUUUGGCUGGAACAGAGACAGCCUCCUCAACACUGCGAUGGGCUCUGCUCUAUAUGACUGUCUAUCCAGAAAUCCAAGAAAAUGUACAGGCGGAGAUUGACAGAGUUAUCGGCCACAAGAGGCAGGUGAGCUUGUCUGACCGAGAGUCCAUGCCCUACACCAAUGCUGUCAUCCAUGAGAUCCAGAGGAUGGGCAACAUCGUCCCCUUGAAUUGUACCAGGGCAGUUACAGUUGACACCAAGUUUAAUGGAUUCCACCUGCCAAAGGGAACCAUCAUCCUGACCAAUUUGACUGCACUACACAGAGACCCCAAAGAGUGGGCCACUCCAGAAGUGUUCAAUCCAGAGCACUUUUUGGAGAAUGGACAGUUUAAGAAGAGAGAAUCCUUUCUGCCGUUCUCAAUGGGAAAGAGAGCUUGUCUUGGAGAACAGUUGGCUAAAUCAGAGCUGUUCAUUUUCUUCUCCACCCUUAUGCAAAAAUUUACCUUCAAGCCCCCAAUCAACGAGAAGCUGAGCCUGAAGUUCAGAAUGGGUGUCAACCUUUCUCCAGUCAGCUACCGAAUCUGUGCUAUCCCUAGAGUGUGAUGUCAGAGAAGGGAAGAGAAUGUAGAGCUGGAAGAGCUGACAUGAGCUAUUGAGUCACUGGGACCUGGUCAUAUGGGAAGUGAUAGGAUGAAGGUGACUGGGGAAAUAUGAGAGAACAGAGACUAAAAAAUUGGAUCAAGUUCCAAAACAACUAUUAUCUUGAUGCUGUCUCUGGGCAAAUCACCUAUGUGUCCAGUGACAUACCUUAUCAUCUGAAGGGUACAGAAAAAUGAUGAUUCUUUGCAUAAACAAGGUUCUUAUAUGAGUCAGAAUCAGAGGAAAUUGUACACUAAAAACUGUAUCAAUCAAAAAUAAGAACAUAGUUAUAUCUUCAUUUUCUCUCUUUCAACUGGUCACAGGUGUGUACUUGCACUGGCCUAUUAAAUUUAAAUUAAGAAAGGAGCUUAUAGUUCUUAGAACAUAGAAGGACAAAGAGUGUUUACAAAGUAUGUUUACCAUGGGUAUGUGGGGGUUCUGCUAUUUUUGUCAUUAUUGAGGAACACCCUUAGGUCGUGUUGAUCUGAUAGGGUGCAUGCGAUUAUUUUAAUCUUCUUGUAUCCGUUUUGGCUUGUUUUGUGGCUGAUUAUUUGGUCAAUCUGGAGAAGGUACCAUGAGGUGCUGAGAAGGUGCAUUAUUUUGUUUUAGGUGAAAUAUUCUGUAGAUAUCUUUUAAAUCCUCUUGAUUCAGAACCUC